AUCUGAUUGGACAGGUUGACCGCGAGAACGAACUGUAGACACGGGCACGCGGACGAUCCCCUAAGUAAACCCGACUCUGGAACUACGUUAAGGGGUCUCAGGGCAGGAGUAAUUAACUACCUGGUCGGCGGUAGUCGCCGAAACACUCUAUUCAUAUUCUCUCAACACCAGAAAAGAACGAGUUUCUGGAGUUCAGCAACGGUGAGCCGGGGACGGAACCGGACAGAGACCUCAUGAAUGGAAAUCGGAACUACAGGAACCGUUGGGGCCCCGGCCCUCUUCUCCAUGCCUCGGAGGCCUGGCUAUGGCACCAUGGGGAAACCCAUCAAGCUGCUGGCCAACUGCUUCCAGGUGGAGAUCCCCAAGAUGGAUGUCUACCUCUAUGAGGUAGACAUCAAGCCGGAAAAGUGCCCGCGUCGGGUGAACAGGGAGGUGGUGGACUCCAUGGUGCAGCACUUUAAGGUAACCAUCUUUGGAGAUCGAAGGCCAGUCUAUGAUGGGAAGAAGAGCCUCUAUACAGCCAACCCACUGCCUGUGGCUCCCGCAGGGGUGGACCUGGAUGUCACACUGCCGGGAGAGGGGGGCAAAGACCGCCCCUUCAAAGUCACCAUUAAGUUUGUGUCUCUUGUGAGCUGGCACCUUCUGCACGAGGUUCUGACGGGACGCAGCAUGCCUGAGCCACUGGAACUGGACAAGCCAAUCAGCACCAAUCCUGUACACGCCGUAGAUGUGGUACUGCGUCAUCUGCCUUCCAUGAAGUAUACACCUGUGGGCCGGUCCUUCUUCUCUGCUCCUGAGGGUUAUGACCAUCCCUUGGGAGGAGGGAGGGAGGUGUGGUUUGGCUUUCAUCAGUCUGUACGGCCUGCCAUGUGGAAGAUGAUGCUCAACAUCGAUGUGUCUGCCACGGCCUUCUAUAAAGCACAGCCAGUCAUCCAGUUCAUGUGUGAGGUACUGGACAUUCACAACAUCGACGAACAGCCACGCCCACUUACUGACUCCCACCGGGUCAAAUUCACCAAAGAAAUCAAAGGUCUGAAGGUGGAGGUGACGCACUGUGGAACUAUGCGGAGGAAGUAUCGGGUCUGCAACGUGACCCGCCGCCCUGCCAGCCACCAAACGUUUCCUCUGCAGCUGGAGAAUGGCCAGACAGUCGAACGGACAGUAGCUCAAUACUUCAGAGAGAAAUACAACCUGCAGCUACGCUACCCUCACCUGCCCUGCCUUCAGGUGGGCCAGGAGCAGAAACACACCUACCUGCCCCUGGAGGUGUGUAAUAUUGUAGCAGGUCAGAGGUGCAUCAAAAAACUGACCGAUAAUCAGACAUCCACCAUGAUCAAAGCCACAGCCCGCUCAGCCCCAGACAGACAGGAGGAGAUCAGCAGACUGGUGCGCAGUGCCAACUACGAGGCCGACCCGUUUGUUCAGGAGUUCCAGUUUAAAGUUCGGGACGAGAUGGCCCACGUGACCGGGCGUGUGUUGCCUGCGCCCAUGCUGCAGUACGGGGGCAGGAACCGCACGGUGGCCACACCGAGUCACGGCGUGUGGGACAUGAGAGGGAAGCAGUUCCAUACUGGAGUGGAGAUUAAAAUGUGGGCCAUCGCCUGUUUUGCCACACAGAGACAGUGCAGGGAGGAGAUCCUCAAGAGUUUCACAGACCAGCUGCGUAAGAUCUCAAAGGAUGCUGGGAUGCCCAUCCAGGGCCAGCCGUGUUUUUGUAAGUACGCCCAGGGAGCCGACAGCGUGGAGCCCAUGUUCAGGCACCUGAAGAACACCUACUCUGGUCUCCAGCUCAUCAUCGUCAUCCUGCCUGGAAAAACCCCUGUCUAUGCCGAGGUGAAGCGUGUAGGAGACACUCUUUUAGGAAUGGCCACUCAGUGUGUGCAGGUGAAGAACGUGGUAAAAACGUCCCCUCAGACCCUCUCCAACCUCUGCCUCAAAAUCAACGUCAAACUGGGCGGCAUCAACAACAUCCUGGUACCACACCAACGGCCUUCAGUGUUUCAGCAGCCAGUCAUCUUCCUGGGGGCGGAUGUCACACAUCCACCGGCUGGAGAUGGAAAGAAGCCCUCCAUCGCAGCGGUGGUAGGUAGCAUGGAUGCCCAUCCCAGCAGGUACUGUGCCACAGUGCGAGUGCAAAGGCCCAGACAGGAAGUGAUUCAAGACUUGGCCUCUAUGGUUCGAGAGCUGCUCAUUCAGUUUUAUAAGUCAACCCGAUACAAACCCACCAGAAUCAUCUUCUACCGCGACGGCGUGUCCGAGGGCCAGUUCAGACAGGUGUUGUACUAUGAACUCCUGGCCAUUCGAGAGGCCUGUAUAAGCCUGGAGAAGGAAUACCAGCCGGGCAUCACCUACAUCGUGGUGCAGAAGCGUCAUCACACCCGUCUCUUCUGUGCCGACCGUAACGAAAGGGUGGGACGCAGCGGAAAUAUUCCAGCUGGGACGACAGUGGACACGGAUAUCACCCACCCAUAUGAGUUUGACUUUUACCUCUGCAGUCACGCUGGAAUACAGGGCACUAGCAGGCCCUCCCACUACCACGUCCUGUGGGAUGACAACUGCUUUACCGCCGACGAGUUCCAGUUGCUCACCUACCAGCUGUGCCACACGUACGUGCGCUGUACCCGCUCCGUCUCCAUCCCCGCGCCAGCCUACUACGCCCACCUGGUGGCCUUCCGCGCCCGCUACCACCUGGUGGACAAGGAGCACGACAGUGCUGAGGGCAGCCAUGUGUCUGGGCAGAGUAACGGCCGAGACCCCCAGGCUUUGGCCAAAGCUGUUCAGAUUCACCACGACACCCUGAGGACCAUGUACUUCGCCUGAACGAGCCCCAACUUACACUCAAAUUGUACCCAUCACAUCACAUCACAUACGCGCGUGCACACACUUAGACACUCACACACUCACCAUCUUACAUACCGUACAAAGACUCUCAUACACGUGCCCUCACAGCCCAUACCUCUUUGUGCAACCUGGAGUGUCUGUCACCGUGGCGAUGUGAACCCGUCUCCAUGGCGACAUGGCCUGCCCCGCCCAGUCGAUCUGGACCUGACACUGUGCGGCAGGAGGAGAGGCUGAACACCC